AUGAACUUGAGGUUGAAAGCUGCAAAGUAUGUUAUCUUAGAUAACAUAUUAUACAAGAAAGGUUUGGAUGGCACAUUCCUCCGAUGUGUGGAUAAACCGCACCAAGAAGCUUUGUUGAAAACUUUUCAUAAUGAAGCAUGCGGGGGCCAUUUUUCCUCUAUAGUUACUAUGUACAAAAUUCUAAGAAACUAUUACUAUUGGUUGAGGAUGUUCUGGGAUGCAUACGCAUGGGUGGCAAGGUAUGAGAAAUGCAAGCUAUUCAUAGGUAAACCACAAUUGGCCGUCUUGCCUUUGAGGCCCGUGAUAAUUGAAGCACCGUUUAAGCAGUGGGGACUAGAUUUUGUUGGUCCUUUGAAUCUUGUUUCCAGUGCAGGGCACACUCACAUACUGACAGUGAUGGAUUAUUUCACUAAGUGGGUGGAGGCGAUCCCAGUAAAGAAAACUACCUCAGAAAUUGUGUGUGCAUUCCUUAAGGAGAAUAUUAUUAUCAGGUUUGGAGUCCCUCAGAAAAUAGUUACGGAUAAUACAUCCAAUUUCUCUUCAUCUGAGUUGAGUUUAUUUUGCUAUGAUCAUGGUAUUUCUUUGGCACAUGCUUUUUAUUACUAUCUGCAAGGUAAUGGUCAGGCAUAA